AUGGCGGAUAUUGUAGGUACUACAUUUGCCUGUGUGCAGAUCCUUGACACAACGAUUAAGCUGAAAAGUCUUUGGCAAUCGAUCAAGGGUGCUCCAGCUGAAAUUGCCGCCUUCGUUGAUGAGAUUCAAGCAUUCCAUCAGGUCUGCUCGUCGAUAGCCGAUCAACAGCAAGGCGUCGACCCCAAAAACACCAACGAAUCUGUACGAAUUUGUUUAGCACAGUGUGAGAGACAAAUCAAACAUCUCCUGGAAGAAGCAAAAGGGUUGCACGAGGGCUUUCUCAAACACCAAAAACGCACUUAUUGGAGAUUCGAGUCCACGAAGACCACACUGGCCGCUCAUAAGGCGGCACUCGGACGUGCGACAUGGUUCUUGGUUGCAGCACAAAACCUUCAAGAGAGGGAACAACGCCAGUACGAUACAGGAAAGAUCCUAGAAGUUCUGAAUUUUCUCCAUAUGCAGUUACUGCAGUCAGCGCCUCCAGCAUUCGGGGAUCUUGAAAUGCAAAGCGAUCCCCGCCAGCAGGCCUCGUUGACGGUCAAGGAGAGCUGUCUGCAUUCUUCAUCACAACGCUAUAAGCAUCGAAGAGGCACCGAAGCAUGGUCGAUGCGACUAAUAAGCCCGUCGUGGCUUUUUAAAACAGUACUCGACCUGCAGAUCACUCGAGCUACAUCCUUUGAAUGGAACUACAACUUUCGCAUCCUGAAUGUCGUUGGAGAACCUUCACGGUUUAUGCUUGCCGCGAAAGCUGGUGACAUCGAAACGAUGAAGGAGCUCUUCUCGAAUGGGUCAGCGUCUCCCUUCGACGUCGACAAAGAAGGCAGAUCAGCCCUGCAUUACGCCGCGUUCCAAGGGCAGCUAGAAGCAUGCGAAUUGCUUUUGCAAAAUGGUGCUCAGGCCAACGCGCAGAGUUUCAUUGGUUCAACGCCUCUGAUGCACGCGUCUAUAGCGUUCAGAGCAUGGGUUAGGUGGAAACCAGACAAAAGAAAGCGAAUGCAGGAGUUGCUCCGACUGCUAAUGGAGCACAAGACGUACGAUCAGGCAGCGUUUACGGCUUACGAGGCUUCAUUGUUCAAUGGAGACAUUGGUUAUUGCGGCGAUCCAGAAGGCCUCCAAAUUGUCCAGCGCUGCGCUUUUGUUUCUCAUGCUAGCCUCGACCUUGCAGAGCGAUUUAAAUGGGCCAUGGCAUUGGAGACGUGGUCUAUUCGAGGUGCCACCGCUGAGCUCCUGGAGACGGCUUUAGGUUGCAGCCCAAUCGAACCAGCGGCAUACUGGUUGAAGAAUAGCGACAAUGAAACACUACUGUUCUUCAUCGCCCGCUGUCUAGGAUUCGAGCACUCGAAGAGCAGAACAGAGAACUUAGCGGGAUGGCGCCGUCUACUGAGAGAUGCCGUAACCGCGGGUGCUAACCUCCACGCUACCAGCACCAGCACAAUGUCCCCCAAUACUGACCCCUUCUGGGCAUUCUUCUCGCGGUAUAAGAAAAGUUUUCGCCACUUGAGACGGCACGGAUACAGCUUCACCCCAGCGUUGAGACUUUGGGUUACCGAGCUUCAAUUUGCCGGGGUGAACUUGGUCGAAUACGGUGAGAGGCUAUUGAGUAAGUUGAGGAGCGGCUUGCUGUCCUACGAAUGGGAUAUCUAUAAGGGUCCUUCUACGAAAAGGGUCGAACGGCCGUGGGUCAGUAACAGAGAGCUUCCAUGGAGGCUUAUCAGUUUCUCGUUCGGCCCUGAGCCCGACGACUGGCAAGCAUGGACCACAAACCCGAUCGAUGAGCUGGUGGGAGAUUUCUGGCACCUCAUCGACAAUCCGGAAGCCUUCAUGCCUGGAGCAUGGAUGGAGUAUUUUGAUGAUGCAACCAAAAAGGUUAGGAUCUCGCCUGACAAAGUGGUUGGCCGAGUCAGGGAGAUAGGGUUGGAGUGA